AGCCAAAGACAUAGGAUGCACAAUGUCCCAGGAGUCUCCAGCGGACCCUGGACGCCCAGGGAAUGCAGCCUUGGUGUGUUUGGGUCCCAUUGGAAUUGACUACAACCCCACUGAGGAGGAGAGGAAGGUGUUCAGGGAAUGCAACCAGGAAAGCUUCUGGUAUAGAUCUCUCCCUAUAUCUGCCACCAGCAUGGCCUUCACUCAGUUCCUUAUUUCUAGAGGAGCUCUUACGUCCUCUGGCAGAUUUGGAUCAUUGCCUAAAGUAGUUUUUGCUGGUGUUUGUGGGUACCUUGGAGGGAAGAUAUCAUACAUGAAGACAUGCCAGGAGAAGUUUAUGAGCUUGGAGAAUUCACCACUAGGGGAGGCACUGAGACAGAAACAGCACCACCAACCACCAAAGUUUACUAGUGAGCAGCCAGGGUUGAGUGAUCCAAACAAAGCUGAUUUUGAGCCAGUCUUUCAGCUUGAUGAUCAGAGGGAUCAGUCGGCCUCCUAUGCCAGUGAUUUCACUAACACUAACCCCAUGCAUUCAACAAACCACUCUGGCACCCAAAUUACAGAAUCAUCUUACAUUGAGGAUGAUGCACAGAAGAAACAUGUUCUAUACAAGGACCUACAGAGCAAGAACAGGGAAAACUAUGAAGUCACAAUGAAACCAGACGCACUGCCGAAGUCUUCGGCCGAUUCCACCCCAACCAAGACAGGGAAGAAGAAUAUAUAUGGAGACACAUGGGAGGAGUGAGAGCUGCUUCAACGCACUGUUUCACUGUCUAAAUUCGCUGU